AUGUCUCAGGACGCAGGCUUCAGCAACAACCCUUUCCUUGAGGAUGCAAGCCAGGCCUCCGUCGGCAGAUCCGAUCGACUGAGAGAGCCAAGGGCCGCGAAAAACAGACAGAGGGGACUUUCACUGCGAACACAGUUGCUAAACCGAAGUCUUAUGGAACAGGAAAUCCCAAGUUAUUCUCACAAGUUAUCGCCAACACGAGAGUUUCAGACUGAUGAUAUAGAGUUGACGGCUGUUGACGGAAGUUAUGCUUCACAUGAUAGUCAGGUGUUCAAGUUUGAGCCUGAUUAUUCAGACAUCGAUGGACCUCGGACCUCGGAUGAAGAGCCGUCUCUUUUGCUUGGCAAACGGCCAAAGAUGCUCGGAACAAUUUUCCCUACAUCAACAACCUGA